AUGACAACAACUGUUGAUAAUGAUUCUAAAGAUUCAUCAACUAUUGUACAAUUCGAUCGUGACUGGAAAUUUAAUGUAUUAAAUUCAUCAUCAAAUGACGAAAUUAUUUCAAUAAACUAUGAUGAUUCACAAUGGAAAACAAUUGAUUUGCCACAUAUAGAACCUGUAGAUAAAUUAGCCAUAUGUUGGUAUCGAAAAAAAUUUGAAUGGAGAAACAAACCAGAUUAUCAUCAGUAUACGUACUUGAAUUUUUAUUCAAAUGAAGAUGAAUAUCAGCCACCGAUAUCUCUUGCGGCAGUGUGGUUAAAUGAAACGAAGAUUUAUUCAGGUGUUCUCACAAAAUCUAUUCAAUUAACAAAAUUUCUUCGCAUAAAUACAGAUAAUAUUUUUGUUAUUCGCUUAUCGAUCUGUCAUACACUUUCAUUACAUAGUCGAAUACUCAUGCCACCUGUUUGUGCGGGUCAAAUUAAUUAUGAUCCUAUUAAUGAAAAUGCAACAAAAAAACGACUUAAAAAACUAGAUUAUACAGCUAGUUUUGAUGAUUACGGUGGACUUAUUGAUAUUUUUAUUGAUUCAUCAAAUAAAAUGAAACCAGUUGUAGAACUUGAGAAAUCUGAUCCCGAUGAAGAUACAAAACAAGAACCUAUUAUUGGUAAUCAACAACCUGAAACUGAAAAGAAAUUUGGAACUGCCACCGUACCUCGUGUUGCUAUUUUAAUACUUAUCGUUGGUACACGUGGUGAUGUUCAACCAUUUAUUGCUCUUGGAAAAGCUCUUCUUGCAUGUGGUCAUCGUGUUCGAAUUGCAACACAUGAACUGGUGAUCCAGCUGAUCUUAUGUCGUUUAUGGUUAAAAAUGCUGGUAUUGNCCGUACCUCGUGUUGCUAUUUUAAUACUUAUCGUUGGUACACGUGGUGAUGUUCAACCAUUUAUUGCUCUUGGAAAAGCUCUUCUUGCAUGUGGUCAUCGUGUUCGAAUUGCAACACAUGAAGUUUUCAGAAAAUUUGUUCGAGAAAAUGGUAUUGAAUUUUAUCCAUUAGCUGGUGAUCCAGCUGAUCUUAUGUCGUUUAUGGUUAAAAAUGCUGGUAUUGUGCCAUCAAUAAGUAGUAUUGUUGCAGGUGAUAUUACUAAACAUCGUCGUAUUAUUGCUGAUAUACUUGCAUCGACAUGGAAAGCAUGUGUAGAAGAUGACGAUGAAACAGAUGUAUCAUUCGUUGCCGAAGCUAUCAUUGCCAAUCCACCAUCAUUCGGUCAUAUACAUUGUGCACAAAAAUUACAAAUACCUUUACAUAUGGUAUUUACGAUGCCAUGGUCACCAACUGUUCAGUUUCCUCAUCCUCUGUGUAAAAUAGAUUACAAUCGAGCAUCCAUUGAAAGAAUCAAUAUAUUAUCGUAUCAUUUAGUUGAAAUAUUUACAUGGUCUAGUAUGCAUAAUAUCAUCAAUGAAUUUCGUAAGAAUGUUCUUGGCUUAGCACCGUUGCAUAUGCGUCAAGCUGUUCGUUUGAUGAUUGAUGAACGUGUACCACAUACAUAUUGUUGGUCACCUUCACUUGUUCCUAAACCAGCUGAUUGGCCUUCACACAUUGAUAUAUCUGGAUUUUUCUUUCUUGAUCUUGCAACGAAUUUCACUCCACCUGAAGAUCUCGUUCGAUUUCUUGAAUCAGGCGAUCCACCAAUUUAUAUUGGUUUCGGUUCGAUUACUGGUCACGAUUCUCAACGAAUCUUACAUGUUGUACUUGAGGCUUUGAAAAUCAGUGGAUAUCGAGCUAUAUUAUCUGGAUUGGUUAAAGACACUGAUGAAUUACCUGAGAAUAUUUAUGGUAUUGGCAACUGUCCUCAUGAUUGGCUUUUCCAACAUGUAUCAGCUGUGUGUCAUCAUGGCGGUGCAGGUACAACUGCAGCUGGUCUUCGUGCUGGAAAACCUACUAUUGUUGUACCAUUUUUUGGUGAUCAAUUCUUUUGGGGAGCAAUGAUUAAUAAAAGUGGUGCUGGCCCGGCACCAAUACCGGGCAAACGAUUUAAUGUUAAUGACUUAAUAGAUGCAUUUAAAUUUGUACAUGAACCCGAUACACGUGAAGCUGCUCUUAAAUUAAGCAUUGCAUUUGAAAAUGAAAAUGGUUGCGAAGCUGCUGUUCAAUCAUUUCAUGCGAAUUUACCAUUGAAUAGAAUGCAUAGUGAUCUUGAACCAUCAUUUGCCGCAUGCUUUCGAUUAGAUAAAUAUGAUUUGAAAAUUUCACGCCCAGUUGCACAAGUACUUAUGACUGCUGAAGUUAUCGAUGAAUGUGAAUUAACCAUGUUAUCUACUCGUGAUUGGAGUGCAUCAAUGUAUGACGAUCGACCACAUAUACCAGCACAUGGUUUUAUAAAACAUGGACGUAAAGCUUUACAAAGUUUAUUUAUUGAUACAGCACAAGGUUUGAAACAAGCAGUCAGGUCACCUAGUGUAACAACAGGUACUCUUGAUGGCACAGAAAGUAUUAUUAGAGGUGUUGGGAAAAGUAUUGGACAUGUAUAUAUCGGGUGUUUAUCAUUUUAUGGUGAAAUAACAGAUGCACUUGAACAGUUACCACAAUUAUACGAUCCGUAUGCAGAUUCAGAUAAACGUAAACGACCACACGUAAAAGAUUUUAGUACUGGCUUAAGAGCUGCUGAACAUUCUAUAUGGCAUGGAUUUAAAGAUGGUGUUAAAGGUCUUGUAGACAAACCUCGAACAGGCUAUGAUAGACACGGUGUUUUAGGUGGAGCAGCUGGUGCAGCUAUUGCUUUACCCAAUGCUGUUAUUAAACCUGCUGUUGGUACACUUGCUUCAAUAACUUGGUUGGGUCGAGGUAUUUAUGCUCACAGUAAACAGCUAAGAAAAAAUAAACAUUCAAGUGAUCAUUUAUUAAUAUCAAGUUCAACUGGAGUUCGACGACGUUCAUCUGGAUCAACAACAUUGAGUGAAGAUACAUCACCAGCAGGUAUGGCAUCAUUUGAAUCAGGUUUAAGAAUUGAAAUAUGCCAAAAAAUAUUAAGUGACUUUGAACAAAUUAAAAGUAAACAUAACUCUAAAGCAUUCUUAUUGGUAAAUAAUAAUGAACAUUCCAAAGAAACAAACGCGCACACCAAAAUAAAUAGAUUAUUUCAUCGUCAACGCAGUCAUUCAGCAACCUCUCAUUAA